AUGGAAGGGAGGAGGACGGGAGAAAGCCAUGGGGAGCGCACUGGAAAUGCUGACGUGGCGGACGGUUUCCAGAAAGUUUUGACAGUCUUUGCCACGGUGGAGGGUGAGGACACACUCACGACUAUGGGGGUCCUAGGGGCAAUCCAGAAGGACUGUGGUGUGGUGGUCGGUUGUCACCAGAGAGGGCCGGGGAGGCUGGAGAUAACGAUGGGGACGGAGGAGGGGAAAAAUCGACUCCUGGAUGGCAUUAAACUGGGGGACACCUUGAUUGCGGCGAGAGAAAUUAACAAUGAUGAACUGGUCGUAUCAUUUUUGAGUCUGCCUGUCUAUGUCUCAGAUCAGGAAAUAUUUGACAGGUUGGCAGAGUGGGGUGUGAGGCCGGUGUCCAGUGUGAGGAGGAGAAUGUGGCCUGGAACGGAGGUGGCGGAUGGGACGCGCUUCCUGAAAGUCAGGUUUAAUGAGGAGGUGAAGUAUCUCCCAUAUUCAACAAGAUUCGCUACCCUGGAGGGCUUAGAGCACUUCAGGGUCAUUCAUGACAGGCAGGUCAGGGUCUGUCGGCUCUGUAUCAGGCCAGGACACAUCCGCAGAGACUGCCCGGACUUUCGGUGCUUCCGCUGCGGAGGGCAGGGCCAUUACGCGCGGGAGUGCGUCCAGGAGGAGAGGAAGGCGCGCAGGGAGGAUGGCGCAGCAGCUGAUGGAGACGGAGACGGAGAGGUGCAGAGUGAUGGUGGUGACCAGCCCGGAGCGGAGGAGACCGGAGAGGCAGGAGGCGUGGAGCCGAUGGAGGAUGACGGGGACGGGAGCGUGGAGGGAGGUGGAGGUGAAGCAGAGCGAGGAGAAAAAGCGCACGAGGAGCGCAGCGGCGCGGCGGAGACGGAGCAGCGGGGCGCCGGAGAGGAGGAGGGAGGACAGGUAGAAGGAAAGAGACUGGGACACAGAAAGACUGACACAAGGGGUACAGGACAGCAUCCCAACUCCAAAUUUGACCUCCCGAUUCUGCACAGAUGUCUCAGUCACGUUAUGAAGAACGCAAAGGAUCUGUGCAAAGAGCAAUAUGUUUUAUUUCUUAAAGAGUUGGGGUACAAUAACAACACCUCAUCCAUGCUAAGGCAUUACCGUGCCUUGCAUGAGAAUAAGGAGGAAACUAGAGCUUUACCCAGCCAAGCCACCAGAAAACAAGAGCUGGAUGAAGCCCUCGUCUCCAUGAUAGUGAAGGACACACAGCCCUUCAGUGUUGUGGAUGACGUUGGAUUUCGGACAUUUGUGUCCAAACUGGAUCCCAAUUAUAUUCUCCCUACAAGGCAGGCUCUGAAGGCCAUGGUGGAGGCCAAGUAUGAGACAGCUAAGGAGAAGGCUAAGGCUAAAGUGGAAAAGGCGGCUACUGUUAGCCUUACAUCAGACAUGUGGACAUCCAUCAACAUGGAUGCCUACCUGGCUAGCUGA